AUGACUACCAUGAGUGCGCUGGAGCCUAAGGCCCUGCCCCUGCUGCACGACGUGCGUUGCGCCGGGGGCAGCGUGUCCGAAUUCGCGGCGCUGGCAGCGCGGCGCACACCGCAGCUCCCCAAGGUGCCCGACUGCGUCAGGCGACACCUCCGG